AUGAACGCCCUGGCCUGGCUCGUAUUAUUAGCUUUGCCAGCUCUUAUUCUGGCAAGCAUAAGUAUAGACAUAAUUGCUUCCGAAGACAAAUCUGAACCGCAAGUUCACAUAUCCGGCAGCGAGGUGAACGUAAUCAGCGAUAUAGAAAUAGAAUCAUUUAAACUCUACGACAAUGAAUUGAAAAGAGCUGUCAACGCUGACUUCGGUGCAACACCUAACGAUGUGUUCUUAAAGAGUCCCACUCCAUGGAAUGAUUUGUACAAAAAAUACGGCUGGACACAAGUGACUAGAAUCUUUAAACCUAUUCGAGCGAAGAUCUUAUCAGUCAAAUAUAACGAUAAAUUAGUAUCGACUCAAGUGUUUAGGAACCCGAGCACCAAAGUCGCUACUUACCGGGCCCUAAUUCGUCAUGACGUUGAAGACACAAUUGCGUCGAUAUGGGAGACAAAUGAGCAACUUUCGACUGAUUUUAACAUAUCUUACGGUACGGUAAUAGGUAAAGCUAGUGUGUCUUAUACGUCGAGAUGGGGAGAAAAUGUGAUGAAAUCCCAAACGGUUACGGUUGGAUACGAAACUGGGAUAGUAAUUACUUUACAGCCAAACCAAAAUGUUCAAGCGGAGUUGUACGCGACAAGGGGAGCGAUAACAGUACAAAUAGAUUAUGAAGCGACUCUGGAUGGGUACGUUGCAGUAAACUAUGCCGCAGCCUAUAGGAGACACCAUUUCUAUGGACUUGACAUAAAUGAAGUAUUAAGUGCUGGUAACAUGAAAAGAUCGCUGUUUUCCUCUGAGAAUAUAACGCUGAGUUAUUAUUUGGAUUCUGAGGUUGUACUCCAUGAUUACGAUACCAAUGAUAUUCUUUAUUUUCCUAAUCUCGUUUGA